AUGUCAGGACCAGCGUCCCUCCCUGUUAAACUAGUUCCUUCUAAUAUACGGCCUAUAGCCUAUCGAAUACUAUCCAAAAAACAUGGUCUUAAUAUCCAAACAGAUGCGCUUUCUGUAUUAACUGAUGUCAUUGGGCUUCGCUUUGGCGCUGAAUGGAGAGGGCCCAAAGCACAAUUAUUCAUUGAAGAAAUUGCCAAAUCUUGGAAGCUUCAGGAUCGUGGGCUCUUCGUGGAUGGUCCAGGCCUAGAGCAGGUCGUCAAGGAGCUCAGCAAAGAGAAGAGUGUCGAGAGAGAUGAACCCCAGAAGGCUCUGCGCUCAGACACUUUGAUGGACAUCGACUCAGAAGCUGCUAAGCUGAAAGAUGAAGUGGUAAUUAAUUGGACAGACUACUUUAAUUUCGUUACUCCUGAUACACAACCAAACUUCGAGUUUGACCGAGUCAGAAAGCAGUUCGUGCCGAGGCCUGUCGCCGGUUCCAAGUUGAAAAGCUCACUUAAGGCUGCAACCGAUUACUUCAAUUCCAGAUACUUUCUUCUAGUCGAUCGUUUAUCCAGACACGAGAACUUCCAGAAGCAAUCUUUCUCGAGUCUUGCGGCCAUCAACACUACUUUGAACAAGGACGACGUGAAGUACGAUAUAACCUUGAUUAAAAAUGUCUUGGGACGUGAUGGUGGUAGGUUCAUCUUGUUUGGACUUUUGUCGAAGAACAUUAAUGGCAACUAUAUUCUCGAAGACUCCACUGACCACAUUGAACUUGAUUUCACCCAUACCCUCCCAACCGAGGGAUCUUUCUAUAUGCCUGGAAUGUUCCUUAUCGUGGAGGGUAUCUAUUCGGCAUCAGGGGGUUCUAUGAGCAAUGACGCGUCGGUGAUCAGUGGUCGUUUCCAUGUUUCCAAUGUAAGUCAUCCACCUCCGGAGAGACGUGAUGUGGCAUUGAAAACGUACGGCUACCUAGAUUUCAUGGGCAUCCUUGGCGGAAAUUCGAAAUCAAUUGGAACUACAGGAAAAAUUGAUAAGCCUCUUAGGAAGAAACUAAGUGCUGUGGAGAAAGCUCUUGGUGGACAUAAGAUCAUAUACCUUGGAGCUAAUUGCUUCCUUGACGACAAGAAAAUAAUGGCUGGACUCAAAAAAUUUUUCACUAAAAUCGAGGAUUCGCUUGUUGAGCAACAGAAUUCCGAUGAACAAGAAACUCCAUUGGCCAUAGUCAUGACAGGCUCUUUUUCGUCCCAACCCUUGACUGCUGUCAACGGAUCGAGCACUCAAGUGUCUAACUCUGAGAACUACAAAAGCAGCUUUGAUGAUUUUGCAGCACUAUUAGCCAAUUAUCCAGUGGUGAUCAAAACAUGCAAACUUGUCUUGAUUCCAGGACCGAAUGACCCUUGGCAAUCAUCUUAUUCUUUGGGUAGAGGAAGCCUAACUAAUUUGCCGCAGAAGCCAAUCCCGAAAGUGUUCGUGACCAGACUUGAAAGACUUCUUCCCAAAGGAAAUCUUAUCUUUGGUGGUAACCCAAUGCGGGUUAAUUACUUAUCCCAAGAGAUUGUGAUCUACAGGGAUGACUUAAUGAACAAGCUAAAACGUAACGAUAUUGUCUUCCAAGAGAAACUAGACCAGUUAAUGGCAGAAGCGGAGAAAGAAAACAUAGAAGAAGGAUUGGACGCAAAGAGGAUCGUGGGAGACCAGAGCGGCUACUUGAGCACCAAAAUCAAACAAGCGAGACAAUUGGUGAAAACCAUACUCGAUCAAGGUAAUCUACAACCAUUUUUGAAGGAUCUUAAAGUGAUUGAUCCAAACUAUCUGCAUGUGUUACGAAUCGAGCCGUUACCUACCACGCUAGUGCUCUUUGAUUCCCGCUUCGAAUCGUUUGAGGUUACCUACAAUGGUUGUAAAGUGGUUAACAUUGGGGAUAUCAUCAACAAUAAGAACUCAAAGACAUUGAACUAUGCAGAAUAUUACCCAACUAACAAAAGUUAUGCAUUUAGAGAGCAGUACUUUUAG